AUGAGCGAAACUGGUUGGGAUGAUGUUACCGUUAUUCGCAAGCGAGCUGAGCACGCGAAAGUCACCAAAGGUGAUUCAGCCAUUAAUGCUGCUCGUCGUGCAGGAGCUGUUGUUGGAGUAGAGCGCAAAA